AUGGAGCUUGUGAACCAAGAAAGUGGAACAGGUUUUAGGUUAGCAGGGAAAGAGAAUAGUCUGUCUUCAGCCUUUAAGAACUCAGCUCCUUACGUGGGUUUUGGUGCGGGUCGUGUGGCAGCAUCCACAGUAACGCAGCUUCACAUGCAGCUUGGGAAGCACAUAGGCAUCGAAGAUGUUCAUUUCAGGAACGUCCCUGACUGUUGCAGCCCCCACUGUGUUUCAAAUGACGAAUUUCUUCAUGGCCUUGUCCUUGGGCACACAUUGGGCACAGUUCAUGCAGCAAAUAAGCUGCAUGUGGCCGUGGCCCAUUUUGGCACGACCAUUGUUCCUUCUUUUCUUUGUCGUCUUGGAGCAAGAAGGUCUCACCUUUCCCGGUGCCAGCCCCGCGCACCGCCCGCCCGGAACUACGCUUCCCGGCAGAACCCGGGCGUGCGCACGCGCACCGGGGCCUCCGCCAUGGCGACCGUGCUGUCCAGGGCACUCAAGCUCCCGGGGAAGAAGAGUCCAGACCUAGGGGAGUAUGAUCCCCUCACCCAGGCUGACAGUGACGAGAGCGAAGACGAUCUGGUGCUUAACUUGCAGAAGAAUGGAGGGGUCAAAAAUGGGAAGAGUCCUUUGGGAGAAGCGCCAGAACCCGACUCAGAUGCUGAGGUUGCAGAGGCUGCAAAGCCACAUCUUUCGGAAGUCACCACGGAGGGCUACCCCUCGGAACCCCUUGGGGGCCUGGAACAGAAGGCAGCCUCCUCCCUGGUGUCGUAUGUGCGCACAUCUGUCUUCCUGCUGACUUUGGGGAUCUCGAUGAUCCUGGUGCUCCUGUGUGCUUUCCUGAUCCCCUGUCCUCCCAGAGAUCUGCACAGCACCUGGAGCCGCCACUUGGGCUCCCAGGGAGGUGAGCUGCAGAAUCUUCAGCCCUAA